AGACAACAGCACAACCGCCAAAAUGGGUCGCGUCAGAACUAAGACCGUUAAGAAGUCCGCCAAGGUCAUCAUCGAGCGCUACUACCCCAAGUUGACUCUCGACUUCGAGACCAACAAGCGCAUCUGCGAUGAGAUCGCCAUCAUUGCCUCCAAGCGUCUUCGCAACAAGAUCGCUGGCUACACCACCCACCUGAUGAAGCGUAUCCAGCGUGGUCCCGUCCGCGGUAUCUCCUUCAAGCUCCAGGAGGAGGAGCGUGAGCGCAAGGACCAGUACGUCCCUGAGGUGUCCGCUCUUGACGUCUCCCAGACCGAGUCUGGCCAGCUUGACGUUGAUGCCGAUACCAAGGACCUCCUCAAGAGCCUUGGCUUCGACAACCUCAAGGUCAACGUCGUCAACGUCAGCCAGCAGCAGGUCCAGGAGCGCCCUCGUCGCUUCGGCGGUGCUCGCUAAGUUGUCCCUGCGGAUCUUCUGACGGAAAAAAAAAACAAAACAAAACAAAAAAGUUCUUCGACCGACCAGUCGGGCCCUGGGGCUCAUGGUUGUAGCUAG